AUGACUCAACAACGCAUUUAUGGUGUAACCGGUCCAAUAUCAACAGCUGGCCCUACAGCAGCGGAAAAUCAGCUGAACGAUGCUUUGAUUCAAGAGCUAAAGCUGGAAAAAUCGUUUGAGUCCGAGGAGGACACCAAAAAACGAGUUGACGUUCUCAAAAUCCUUCAAGAACUCGCAGAAAAGUUUGUCUUUGAGGUUUCCAAGAAACGCAACAUGUCUGAUGGGAUGGCAAAAGACGCUGGCGGGAAAGUCUUCACGUUUGGUUCCUAUCGUCUGGGCGUUCACGGACCGGGCAGCGAUAUUGACACCCUAAUUGUUGUGCCCAAGCAUGUUUCCCGCGAGGACUUUUUCACGGUUUUCGACCAGCUGUUGAGGACCAGGCCCGAACUGGACGAAAUCGCGUCCGUACCAGACGCCUUUGUACCCAUCAUCAAAAUCAAGUUUAGUGGGAUUUCAAUUGAUUUACUUUGUGCUCGACUGGACGUCGCACAGGUGCCCGCAAGCCUCACGCUCUCGGACAAAAAUUUGCUGAGAAACUUAGAUGAAAAGGACCUAAGGGCACUGAACGGAACGAGAGUCACUGACGAAAUUCUUCAAUUAGUCCCAAAACCUACAGCUUUUAAGAUUGCUCUUCGCGCCAUCAAAAUCUGGGCGCAACGAAGAGCGGUAUAUGCCAACGUAUUUGGUUUUCCGGGCGGUGUCGCUUGGGCAAUGCUAGUAGCAAGAAUAUGUCAGCUCUACCCAAAUGCUUGUAGUGCUGUCAUUCUGGCUCGUUUUUUUCAUAUUUUGACGAAAUGGAACUGGCCUCAACCGGUACUAUUGAAACCAAUAGAGGAUGGGCCUCUGCAGGUGCGUGUAUGGAAUCCAAGAAUUUACGCUCAGGACCGUUCGCAUAGAAUGCCUGUCAUCACCCCUGCUUAUCCAUCUAUGUGCGCGACCCAUAAUAUUAGCGAUUCGACUAAAAAAGUGAUAUUAGCUGAGCUCGAAAGGGGUGCUGAGGUAGCAAAUGAAAUCUUCUUGAAUAAGAAGUCCUGGAGUGACUUGUUCAAAAAGCAUGAUUUCUUCUACCGCUACAAGUUUUAUCUGACUGUGAUGGCAUCCACCACAGGUUCAAACGAGCAGCAUUUGAAAUGGAGUGGGCUGGUGGAAAGUAAAUUGAGAUUGCUAGUCCAAAAGCUGGAAGUGCUAAGCGGAAUAAACUUGGCUCAUCCCUUCACUAAACCUUUCGAGGUAUCAUAUGUGUACGAAAGUGAGGCACAAUGCAAAGACAUUAUUGACAACUACGGUACCUACAAAACUCAGGAUGUUUUGGAGCAGUACACCGAAGUUAAUGACCAAAAUAAAGACAGCGAUGACAUCAAAGACAAGAAACAAGUUCACAUCACAACAAUGUACGUUGGACUAGACGUUGCCGCUGACGCGAAAAAGCAAGUUGAUAUACACGUUCCUUGCUCCGAUUUUUUCAACUUGUGUCGGUCAUUCAGCGAGUUUGACGACACGGAUACAUUUUCACUCAUGAUCAAGUAUGUCAAACUACAUGACUUGCCGAAUCAUGUAUACGAAGAAGGUGAGGAGAGACCAGUCAAGCACAGUAAAAGGAGAAAGCAGGACAAGGAAGGAAAGAAAAUCAAACGCCCUAAAUCAAGCUCACAGAAAUCAGACGAAGUUAGCACUAAAGCGAAUGGAUCGGAUGGAAAAGACCAUUCGAAUAACCAGCCUAUUCCAAGUUCAGCGGACCCUCAGAUCAAUCAAGCUUCUGUGGUAAGCGCCAAAUCAUCCAGUGUUAGCUAA